GUCUGAGACCAGCCACCGGGACAGCUGAUGAAACUGAGGAGUAUUUCUGUUUGUAAUAAUGCCCUUUUCUGGGGAAAAACUUAUUCUGAUUGGCUGGGCCUGGCUCCCAAGUGGGUUGGCUGGGCCUGGCUGCCAGGCCCACUGAUGGCAGCGCCGCUGCCCAGUCAUGUGAAAUCCAUAGAUUAGGGUCUAAUGAAUUGAUUUCAAAUGACUGAUUUCCUUGUAUGAACUGUAACUCUGUAAAAUCGUUGAAAAUAUUGCAUGUUGAAUUUAUAUUUUUGUUUAGUAUUAAGGCCAGGUACCACACCCUCAUAGGGUAAUUUGGCUGAUAAAUGCUGAUAUUUGCAUAUAGCACAAAUCCCUGUUUUUUGGACACUGGAUGUCAGCCUAAAUAUUUUGGUUUCAUUUUGUUAAGACAUUCCUGGACUGGACCUUCAUCCUUCUGUCUGUGAAAUACUAAAGACAUGUACGUAAAAUGCAUUUUUGGCCGUCUAGAAGCUGUCUUUUGCUGUUUUAAAGUUAGUUGCCUGCAAUUCUACACAUUUUACUAUCUCAUAUGCAGACUGGGAUAGACUGGCUAGAUCUGAUCUCGUUACAGUAGUGCAGCCUCGUGCUACAGUGUAGCGUCUUGUCACCAUGGAGACACCCCGACACAAAUGACUAGGGAACUUGACUGUGGAUUUUAGCUAGCAGAGUUUGGCAUUUGCCAGUUAGCUAGCAAACAUUGAAACUCACGGAUGAAGAAUUAUUUCGAGAAUUUGCUCUGUUUUGGAACACUCCUGUGGCCAGCGUGCCGACAAUCUUUGAUUGUAAAGCCAACACUGGACUGAUAGCAAGACACAUGCAUGCCGAGGUUAAAUAAAAUGACGUUAGCCAGCUAACGUUACUGUAGCCAGCUAUUGGAAGUGGUCAAAUGCCAGCCCAGAAUGUUAUCUAGCUAGCUAACAUUAGUGGUUGACAAAGGAAAGAAGACAUCCUACCUGAAACAUGUUUAAGAACGAAUAUCAGGGUGGAGCUGCUGUAGAGAUCUUCAGUGCACAAGGGAAAGAUCCUGUUGCAAAAUGGAAACUUUGUGGAGGAAAAUCAGCUAUAAAUAAAGAGUUUGACAAAGAGGUCAAGAGCUUUGUGUACAGUCUGGAGGGGAGCAGCCAAGCUAUUAAAAUGCAGAUGCCAAAGGAUGGAAAAAUGUCUCUUGGACUGGUACAGAGAUUCUUGGUCCUCCAGGUGAAUGUUUCCCAAUGUAAAGACUUCUCUACAGAGCUUGUGAUAACUGAUUUAGGUCAUCUGAAAAGGAGGCUGUACCUAUCCACGGUUCAUAAAGAGUUCUCUGCUACACCCUUGCAUGCAAGGAUACCUUUCGGUCUGAAACGCAACGUUUGGUGCAACAUGUGCAUCGAUCUUGUGUCAUUCACUAGUGAGCUGUUUAAAGGUGCAGGGUUCUUAUCCCUGGAUGGAAUCACUGUCUCUGCCAGCUGUAAGUUACGGAGAAUCUUCACCAUGAAGACUGAGCCUGCAGGGGCUUCUGAUGGAGACCUAUAUAUUGGUGUAAAUGGUCCCAUGGACUCGAUCCCUCGGAGCUGCCAGUUUCCCCCUGACGUCCACCAGGUGAUCCAGGUAAAGAACAUGGAGAGGCUGAGACUGGCAGACCUGAAGACUUGCCCUCACAACUCUGAGUCUGAUCAGUCAGGCAGUGGCAGUGGCAGGGUAGCCAUUGCUGCUCGAGGCCCCAAGAUCCAGCUGGACGCCUCCCACAUCGCAUUUGGGUCGAGGGUUUUAGGACCCCCUCCACUGACCGGAAGGAAGAAUAGUGGACUCUCAGAGGGACAGGGACAGGACAGGAGGACACAGGACGGGAGGACACAGGACGGGAGGACACAGGACGGGAGGACACAGGACGGGAGGACACAGGACGGGAGGACACAGGACGGGAGGACACACCAGAGCAUGAAUAUGGGGUCUGUAUCUGGUGCAAGAACAAAUAGAACAGCUGCUUCAGAGAGACAUCAGGAUCAUGGAGACUGGAGCGAGAAACAACCUGUUCCCAGUAGCCAGAAGAAUGACUCCGUUUAUGAGCUGGCAGGGAAGCCAGGGAGCCUGCAGCCGCGACCACCUAAAGACAGAGCGUCAUCAGACAAGGCACGGUCCAGGAAGCUACGGGUACACAGUGCAGGGAAGGAGAAAUUGGCGCCUGGCUCAGACGCUGGACUUAGCCACCAUGGAGACAGGAACCAACAACUUUUGACCCCCAGUGAGACGAGUGGAGACCAAACAGAAGACAAGUUGUUGUCUCCCAGACCUGUUGACAAGGACAGAACCUGUUUGGAGCCCUCCAAAUCUUCUCCAGAGCUUCUGUCUGGCCAGUCGACCCCUGUCCCUGACCUCCCCCCAUCACCAUUACCCCUGCAGGACUCGGACAGUGAUGACAGUGAAGGGGAGAGUGAUGUGAAUGAAGUCUCUGAGCCUCAGUUCUCAGUGGAAAACGUGUUCACCUUCUCUUCUUGGCCCCACUCAGCCAAGCGAGGACAGGGACAAGGCUAUGGAGACCAGGGACAAGGCCAAGGACAUGGAGAGACCUGCUGGACUGAGGAGGCAGCUCAGGCCACUGACACCUACGGCCAGCAGGACACGGGAGGGCACAGGGGGGCCAGGCCAGACGACGACUUCCUCGCCAGCGAGAGUGAGGAGGAAGAGACCUCCUCCAGGUUCCUCUAUCAGAGGUCCAGUGUGUCCCCCAGCCCUGGUACUCCUGGUGUUCCCCCCAGCUCCACCCCUGGUAUCCCCGGAUCAUCAGGCCUAGAUGAGGACACUCCGCCCAGAGCACGGCCUGGGUCCAGUGGGUCCAGUGGUGCAGACCGAACAUUUACCAUAGAGCGAACCCUAACCCACACAGACCCUGCAGGGUGUAAAACCAGGCUGGCUCCCCACACUGACUCCCAAGCAUACAGGAGAACAUUAGAGGUGCCUGGGAUGGUCCCAACCCGCUGCCGGUCACCCUGUCAGGGUACCAGGCAGGGGCAGAGACACAGCAGUCUGGGCCAGUCUGGACCUGGGGGAAGAGAAGGGGGAGCGAGCCAGACUCAGGACAGGAGCAGCAGCAGGACAUCACUGAGCAGGAGAUCUCUGCGAGAGAUCAUCCCCCGAGGAGACGCCACAUUAGACAAGGUGGGAGAGGAGAGGGCGGAGAGCAGGCAUGAGCCUGUUGGGUCCAGUAGCUGUGAUUUGCGUGUGUUGGACAGCCUGCGUAUGCAGGAGGAGGAGGAGCUACAUAUGCUGGCCAGUCUACGGCGGGAGCAGGAGGAAGAAGAGGAGGGGGGAGGAGCAACAGGUCUCAGUGCCUCUCAGAUCCACCAAUGUAACGUCAGCAUCAGCACCAGCAGUGAUGAGCCAUCCACCUGGACACACAUACCUAUGCCGGCCAAACAGGGCCAUCACUACCAGAAAGAAAUGAACCCACUCUUACACUCCAAUCCAAGGGAAUGGAUGGAUGUCCUCAGCCCUCCCAUUAUUUCUCCUAGCCAGAAAAAAGGCAAGGGGUCAGAGGGCACAAGGGACCAUCGGAGUGGACCCCCGACCAGAGGGGCUGAUGGAUCAGUGAAUGGGGGAAAUGAGGAUGAGGAGGAGUACCUGAAUCUGCUCUAUGAUCCCUCUCUUAACUGCUACUUUGAUCCCCAGUCUGGGAAAUACUAUGAGCUGGUUUAAUUCAUCAAGCUUUUUGAUGAGCAAAAUGCAGGAAAAGAACAGAACAGGCAUGUUCACUGCUGGAAAAAUAGAUUUUUUUUUGUUUUACUUAAUUACGCUUUUCUGAACUAUUAACGAGCCUUAGAAAAUAUUUAUACCAUUCUGUUAUCCUCGGUUGUAUUUAAUUUGGAAUGGUGAGGAUGCUCUUGUUAUUAAUUGUUUAUACAGUGAUGUUUUUAAGUGUUCUGUACUGUAUAGUGUGUAUGCAGUAGUGUGUGUGUCAUGUGUGUCCUCUACACAUAUUUGUGAUUAAAUGUGUUUGUUUUACCCUUGGCUCAAAUGUUUUUGUCCUUUGUUCAAUUUAAGUGGUUAGACUUAGCCAGGGGCGGACUGGGAGAAGAAUUUGGCCCUGGCAUUGGAUCCACGCCAGCCCACGUCACUGUGUGCGCCGCCAACUCGCCGUAUCUGUCUCAGCAUCUUCUCUGUUGUCACUCUGUGCUUCUUCUUGUUCUCUGUUUGUCUUGCCUGUAUGCUUAACCCUUAUACAUUAUAAAAGCCAAGCCAAUGAAUUAGGCUAUAUUGCAGACGAGUGCCUGUCAAAUGUGUUCCCCUGAAUCAACAGUAAGUGUUAAUUACUAUUACAAGGCAUCAGACUAACAUUUCCCCUGGUGGCACUGGUGCCACUAACUUUUACAGUUGGUGGCACCGGCACAUGUUUUAGUCUGACCCAAAUCAUGAGCAAUCAUCUUAUAAAGUAAUUCAUAGUGCUUUAUUAAUAUAUAAGUAUAAUAUAUAGACUACUGAGGUAGGCCUAUUCAAGAAAUUAGUUGUUUCACCUAAUAUGUCCAAGAAAAAAAUAUUUUGGUGUGUGUCAAUUUCAACCAGCCCAUCUAACAAUAAAAGUAUCCAGCCCAUCUGGCAUUUUCCAAAAGUGCCAGAUAGCCAAUCCGCCCCUGGACUUUGCCUACACAAGACUUACAAGACAAAUCAGGACUGCACUUAAAUAGAUUAUCUUCAUUUUUCCUGCAUUCACUCUAUUACUAUGGACAAUACAUUUCUGUUGAUUUCACUGCUUAUAAAUGUUAAUAUUAUAUUAUAAACAUUUAUUUCAGACAAUUUCCCCCAAAAAAUAUUCCUACAAUUUAUGCAGCCCGUUCAUGGAAUUUGUACUUUUCCCCAUUCAAAAAACAUGCAAAACUCAAUCAUGCAAUAUAGCCUACCUUUACAGUCUUGUCCUCUCGAACUUCCCUAAAUAAGGCAUUCCAUCUCCUCCAAUCAGAAAUGCCUUUCGUUUCCACGUAAACAGGUGAAAAACCCAACCAGGAAGUAAACAAUAAUGGCGAUGACUUCAAGAAAAAUAGUUUCUAAUGUUUUAAAACUAUUUAUUCUUUUCUUUAUUCAACAAACAUUUUGUGAGAGACCCACCACUAGUUUAUCUUCAACCCAGAAGUUAUCGGAGGACAGGAAUGAGAUCCAUAUGAGAAGUGUCACCCCCACCAAGUCGUCAACUCAACAGGCAAGACUGCACCCGGGGGUCAUUGCAGCUGUGAUAUUCGUUACAUUUGCUGCAGUUCUUGCUGCAGUUUUUAUCAUCAGAAAAUACUGCUUUCCCCGCAGCGAGGCCGCAUACAGGUACUCAGUGCUGAGGCGGAUGGAGGCUGAGGGGUCAGGAGGAACUGAGGAGGAGGAGGAGGACGGGCCCGGGCCCUACACACUGGGGGAGGACUCUGAUGAGGAUAUGUUGGAGUGAAUCAUCAUUCGGAUGACACUGCUCUGCGCUCAGGUUAGCUGAGGUCGACUGUGAAGUGUGUGCCGAAAUGGCUGGGCUCUUUUGCAUUGACUAGUUACAACAUGGCUAUUAUCCACUGAUGCUGGUUCUAAUUCAGGGAAUUGUUGUCAUGACAUGCAUACCUUAUUCUACACAUCUAGACUGUUAAUAAUAUUUGUAAAUAUAUAACCGAUACCAAUGGCAAGCAGACCAAAAUAACCAUUCUUCACAAGUAUAGAAGCUGUGUCUGCACUGUAUACCGCAAUCAACUCGUUCUAUUUGUUACUGACCUCUUCAAGCACUGUUUCAGUUGUUGAGUAUUGUUUUGUCAUCUUUAAGUAUUAUUCACACAUUUAAUGUAAAGUAUGUGGUACUAUGUUAACGUAACACAGCGGCCCAGGUUUUGUCUUUAAGACACAAGCUGUUGUGGUUACGUCCUUUAAUUAUUAGUAUUUUUUUGUCAUUUAGCUCUUAUCCAGAGCGACUUACAGUAGUGAGUGCAUACGUUUUUCGUUGUUUAUUUUCUUUUUUUUAUAUUGUACAAACAUGUUGUAUAAAUGUAUUUCCCCCUGAGCAGAAAUUAAUAUGUCAAUCAAUCAAUCAAUCAAUCAAAUGUAUUUAUAAAGCCCUUCUUACAUCAGCUAAUGUCACAAAGUGCUGUACGGAAACCCAGCCUAAAACCCCAAACAGCAAGCAAUACAGGCGUAGAAGCACGUGUUUGCCGUUCUGUGUUUAGUGUUUGCCGUUCUGUGUUUAGUGUUUGCCGUUCUGUGUUUAGUGUUUGCCGUUCUGUGUUUAGUGUUUGCCGUUCUGUUUUGUGUUUGCCCUUCUGCACUUAGAAAUGAAAUCAUGUACAGUACCGUUUCUGUGAGUUUCUUCAGUGCUUAUCAAUAAAGAGACGCUCUGCUCA